CCACACGACCAGAGCUUCCGGAACCUCCUCGACCACACUGGCUCGAGUGGGUGGAGCUCUGCUCCACGGUCUCUCGGCUCCUAUAAAUAAAGCAGAGCGCCCCUCCUCGCUCCUCUCCUCCACAGUAUCGAUUCCAUCCGCCAUUGAUCACUGCACAAGUGCGCGCUCACAAACCCACACACAAAGCUACAAGAAGAGAUGGCCGGGGAGAAGAAGCAGGGCCUGCAGCUGCUGGACUUCUGGGUGAGCCCGUUCGGGCAGCGCUGCCGGAUCGCGCUGGACGAGAAGGGCCUCUCCUACGAGUACCUCGAGCAGGACCUCGCGAACAAGAGCGAGCUCCUGCUCCGCGCCAACCCGGUCCACAAGAAGAUCCCCGUGCUCCUCCACGACGGCCGCCCCGUCUGCGAGUCCCUCAUCAUCGUGCAGUACCUGGACGAGGCGUUCCCGGCGACGCCGUCGCUGCUCCCCGCCGCCGCCGGCGACGCGUACGCGCGCGCGCAGGCCAGGUUCUGGGCGGACUACGUGGACAAGAAGCUCUACGACUGCGGCACCCGGCUGUGGAAGCUCAAGGGGGACGGCCACUUGCAGGCGCGGACGGAGAUGGUCGAGAUCCUCCGCACGCUGGAGGGCGCGCUCGGCGACGGCGAGUUCUUCGGCGGGGAGGCGUUCGGGUUCGUCGACGUCGCGCUCGUGCCGUUCACGUCGUGGUUCCUCGCCUACGAGCGGUUCGGGGACCUCAGCGUCGAGAAGGAGUGCCCCAGGCUCGCCGCGUGGGCCAAGCGAUGCGCGGAGCGGCCUAGCGUCGCCAAGAACCUGUACCCGGGCGAGAAGGUCUACGAGUUCAUCUGCGGGUUGAAGAAGAGGUUCGGCAUCGAGUAGGAUUUGGAUUGAUUGCUGUCGUCAACAGUGUUUCAUGGUUCUGUUGGUAGGUGAUGAGCAGAGCAGUCGUGUUCGUGAGAGGUCGUCGUUGUGUUGUGUGGUUGCAUUGGGUGGAGUUGUUUUCGUGCGUUCCUUGUAUCCAUGUGUGUGUCGUCUGGCGUCCGUGCAGCGGCAGCGCCGUGUUGCCUCGUGCACGUUCUGGAGCUGAAAUAAAAUGGGUUGUAUUGGAAUUUUCUUU